ACCAUCCUACACCAGAAACACCUGACAGAACGAGAAAUAGCUCAAACUGUAAUUGACUGGCUAUUCAGCUGCUGAAAGUUUGGAGUCGUUUGUUUUUUUUUUUAAUACAAAAUGGGAGCCUGUAUGGCGUUGUGUUCUCUUGCGAGCUGUGCCUCGUGUUUGUGUGGCUCUGCUCCAUGUCUGCUCUGUGGCUGUUGUCCUUCUUCCAAUAACUCCACCAUCACCCGGCUUGUGUUUUCUUUCUUCCUUCUGCUGGGGACACUGGUGUCUGUAAUCAUGAUCUUGCCUGGCAUGGAGACGCAGCUUCGCAAGAUUCCUGGCUUUUGUCAAGGAGGAACCACAAUACCAGGGUUGGAGAACCAUGUCAAUUGCGACGUGAUUGUAGGCUACAAAUCCGUGUACCGCAUGUGCUUUGCUAUGGCAUGUUUCUUUUUCCUGUUUUCUGCGAUUAUGAUUCGUGUAAAGAGCAGCAAAGACCCUCGUGCUGCUAUUCAGAACGGGUUCUGGUUCUUCAAGUUUCUGAUACUAGUUGGCAUCACCGUCGGAGCCUUUUUCAUCCCAGAUGGAACAUUUCAUGAUGUUUGGUAUUACUUUGGUAUUGUGGGCUCCUUCAUGUUCAUCCUGAUCCAGCUCAUCCUCCUGAUCGACUUUGCCCACUCCUGGAAUGAGGUGUGGGUGAGGAACGCUGAGGAAGGCAACAGCAAGUGUUGGUUCUCGGGUCUGUUGUUCUUCACUAUCCUGCAUUACGCUCUCGCCUUUGCUGCAAUUGUGCUGUUUUAUCUCUACUACACCAAACCCGACAACUGUGCCGAACACAAGUUCUUCAUCAGCUUCAACCUUAUUCUCUGCGUCAUCAUAUCUGUGGUUUCCAUUCUGCCCAAAGUGCAGGAUGCCUCACCUCAGUCUGGUCUGCUUCAGUCCUCUAUUAUUACUCUGUAUACCAUGUAUGUCACCUGGUCGGCCAUGACCAACAAUCCUAAUCGUGAAUGUAACCCUAGUUUACUCAGCCUGGUGUCCAAUAUCAGCACAACUGUGGCUGUGCCUACAAGCUCCCCUGGGAUGGUGCAAUGGUGGGAUGCUCAAGGCAUUGUGGGACUGGUUAUCUUCCUCUUCUGCACCUUUUAUGCCAGCAUCCGUUCAUCCAGUAAUGCUCAAGUGAACAGGCUGAUGCAGACAGAAGAGGGAAAGGGCACUGUUGGAGGAGAGGAAGUGGGUGAAGAUGGACUGCGGCGCGUAGUGGAUAAUGAAGAGGACGGUGUCACGUACAGCUAUUCCUUUUUCCACUUCCACCUCUUUCUGGCCUCUCUCUACAUUAUGAUGACACUCACUAACUGGUACAAACCUGAUAUAACCACUCAAGCCAUGCAAAGCACUAUGCCUGCAGUGUGGGUGAAGAUCUGUUCCAGCUGGCUUGGUCUAGGGCUCUACCUGUGGACACUUGUGGCUCCUGUCAUUUUCCCGAAUCGAGACUUCAACUGAGCUUGAAUAUGUGAGAGAAUCUCACCCAUUCAAGCUGGUUAUGUUUGUGUUGUGUUAGAAAUAUUACGAUCUCCAAAACCAUUAAAUAGCUAAGACUGUAAGCAAUUCGAUUCUGAAACAGACAAUAAGUGACUAGUCUUAUAGACCUAGGUACUUACACAUUUAAAAAAAUUGCAUGGACAACAACAAAAGUAUAUGAUGCCAUGACAAGUAUUUAAAAAAACGACAUUUAAGUCUGUUUCAGUUUUUCAGUAAAUUAAUACAUGAUGUGAGGAUUACUGCUGUGCAAUUGUAAUUCACCAUUAGAUUUUUCCGUCUUGUCAUUACUGACACCUGAAGCACACUUUUUUUUUUUAAAGUAACAAA